UCUAGUUUAAGGAAUAAUUAAAUAGCAGGUUAAAAUUCGGUUAUACCUGAUUUAAUAAAUCGUUUGUUCAGUUAUAACUAUACACAUAGAACUGUUUGUUUGGAGCAAAGCAUUGUUGACACAGAGAGCGAAAAUUGGUGGAUAUUAACAAUAUGCGGAGGUGUUUCUCGUUUCAAAAAGUUUGCUAACUUUUAAUGGACUCAUACUGUGAUACUGGUAACUUAGAAAUAUAUUAAAUAUCAACAUACAAUCUGAAGAUUAUAAAUGAACACAUCGCUAUUUUUAAAGGAUCAAUGGAUAUGUGAUUUAUUUCAAGAUAACCGGACUGCAAAAAAUUGACGAGUGUUUAACAAAAAGGAACACAUUUAUGAUUGACCUGAGUCAAGGCCAUUACCACAAAUUAAUAAUUGCUGAAAUAAAACAAUGAGAAAGUUUGAAUCGCUCUUUUCUAUGAUAUUAUGUAAAAAUGGGAUUUAUUGAAAAUUUGAUGGAAUAUCAUCAUGGUGGACCCUGUGACUGGGUUCACAGUUGUUACAUUUUGCACACUGAUUCAUGAAAUAAAAGGUUCCAAUAGUACGGUAACGGCAAAUUACACUGAAACAUACCCCAAAAUAGUCAUAACUAUAUGUAUAGCAUUAUUUGGUGUAAUUCUUGCAGUCAUUAUAGCAAAGGUAGCAAAUGUCUGUCACGAUAGAGCCGUUAUUGAGGACGACGCCAGCGACAUUAGUGAUAACACUAGAAAUAUCAUAAGAGCUAGACUGUCGCUUAUAGCAUUACAAAGGAAGGCACGAAGUGUAGGCGUAGGCCAGAGGUUUUUCCGACUGUGGUCCAGAAAAGCAAAUGACACAUUAACAGGAAAUGAAAGUGACAAGACUUCAAGUACUGUUAUUACAGUAGAAGAAGCGAAAUCAAAGAUUAAAGAAAAGGAUAAAAAUGCAUUGUCUAAUAAAUUGACUGUCCUCCUAUCAAACAAAAUCAAACAAGGGCCUGAGGACGAAUUAAAAACGAAGACUGGAAAUAUACAAUCAAGUGAAAAUAGUAAAGAAAAAGCAUCAACUUCUACUACAAACAAUAGUUCUCCUUCUUCAAAACUAAAACACAAAUUACCUACAACCAGACCGCCGUCUGGUAAGAAACAAGAAAAUUUUAUAGGACCAAAUGUUUCUAGAUCGAAUUCUAUAACUGACUCUAGACCCGAUUCUAGAGCGGACUUGGUAACUAAAGUUUCUCCUGGAAGACCACGCGAUGUUACGUCAGCAACAGGCGUUUCUAUUAGUGUUUCUAUAAAUGGAAAUAAUGGCAAUAAUAAGACAAAGAAAAGUGUUACAUUUCAAGACCUUGUAGAAGUUAACGGGAACAAUUCUUCUAGUACGAAGGCUGCAGAUGUUAGUAGUUCAAAUAAAUCUAAUUUGAAGAAGACAUGAAAUUGACAAAAUUUCUUUUCAUUUAAUCUAAGUAGUGGAUGGCCCUUACAAAGUAUUAUGCUAUUAAAGAUGCGACAGUCAAUGCAGGGUGACAUCUUUGGUUUGCUGAAAGAGAUAUUGUACAAGUUCAUUGUAAUUGCUAUUAUUUUUUAGUAUUCCAGUGCAUUGAACUUUCUGCAACUGCAGUAUAUGAGUAUCAGAAACGUUAGUUUAAACUUCGCUCAAGUAAACAUUAGACUUAAUCAAAAGUGCUUUAUGAUUAAUGUUGUACAGGUGUGUUUGCUCGACAGUUUCCUUUCAAAACAGAUUUUUGUGCAAAUACCUUUCGGUAAUUAAUGCAAUUUCAAUGAUACUACAAUAUUUAUCACAUAUCAAAAGAAUCUAAAGAAAAGUAUAUAAUAGUAGAUGUCUGAGUCACAGAUUUUUAACCACGACAAUGAAUAGUUUAACUUCAAUAUGUUUCCUUUUUUUGUAAAUUUAUAAUUAUACAUUUGAUAAAACCAGGUUUCUUGUUCUAAAAUCCUCAUGUCCGUUUAUCCGUCACUUUUUGUAGAUUCAAAUCCUUUGAAACUUUACUUAAAAGUAAUAGGCAAAAACAGCAUAGGUUAAGACAAUUUGGCAUUUGCUAUUAAAGAGUAUUUCUAACUGGUUAAACAAAACGGUAGGGUCUUUGAGACAAAUGAUUUACUUUUGUUUAUUUAUUUUAUUUGUAUAUAUAAGGAAAAUGCAUUUUUUUAUAUCCAUUUUUAUUACAAUUUUAUGAAAGAUACAAAGAUACUAGAUACUUUGUAUGAACGCAUUGUUAGCAUCAUUUCUUUAAAGAAAUUACCAAUACCUAAAUUAUUUAAAACCCAUGAAAAGCAAAUCGUAAAUGACAUUCAAAAUAUUGUCUUAGAUAUUUGAUAUUAUAAAAGGAAACUUCAUUUUAUUUUCAAUAUGUGAUUACUGAUGCCAAAAGCAAGUCAUAUAACCAAAUAAUAUCAGCAACAUAAUUUACUAUAUAAAUAUUUCUUUAUUUGCUGCUGAUGAUUUUUUUUCAAGACUGGUUGCAGGACAUUAAUCGAAAUACUACUAUAGAAAUACGGGUACCUAAUUACUAGUAACUGGAUUUUUAUAUUAAAUAUAGAGUGCCGUUUUAGGCAUGAAAAAGAAUCAACAAUCGAAAUCACAGAAAAUAGACAUUAAAUAGGACUAUAUAAACUUAUGAAACACAAUCCAAAAUAGACUUGCGUAUAUUAUAUUUUCUAUACGAAACUAAACAUCUAUUCUUACACGAAGCACAUUUUCUGCCCCUUUCCAGUGACUGCCAAAAUUUCCCUCUCUUCAUCUCGGUCGGUCCUUUUGCAAAACCUAUUGUACAACAUUUUUGAUAAUUUGUCCUGAAAAAUAUGCAUGACAUAUAUUAGUCACUGGAAGUUAGGCAAGCAACGAUCAAUCAAUCAAUCUUAUAUGAGCGAAACACAACUCAAUGAUUCUGUCAAUGUCCAAAUUUUUCCCGAAUGGUUAGUUUUAUAAAGAAGAUCAUUGGCUACAAAAAGUAACAUUACAAAUCAAUGAAUUUGAAAUAUUUGUUUAUUGUGAUAAAAUGGACAUAUGCAUAGAAAUUUUUCAAUAUUGUUUUGCCUUUCAUAAGUUCUUUUAUUACAGUUUAUGCAAAACUGAACUUAAACAAAUAGCAGUAUUUUGUUGGUUUUAUAUUUUUUUUUAUGGCAGUUGAUAUGCCUGACCAAAUCUGUGAUACCCAUUUAAUAUUUAUUUUUGUUAUAUGUAUUAUAUUGCACUGUAUUGAUUUUUAAUAUGUUAUUGUCUUUCAUAUUUGCUUGUAGUUGUCAUGAAAGUAAUCCUACGUUUAAAAUACAAUGUCUGAGCAGUA